AUGCCACGACCUAAAACUCUUCCACUCACUGAAGAGUGGACUGAUCCCGAUGCCUACGUCGACGCCCUCCUGUCCUUUGCUACCUCAUCCGACAUCUUCCGCCACCUUUGCGGCGGCGUGCAUAUCUUAGACUUUCUGACGCGCGAACCGGAUCUCUAUACGUCGCUUCUUCCGGAGCAUUGGCGAGCGUUCUUUGAACACCAUGAUAUUCAGGAUCUUCUCGACUUGUUCCUGUGGGAAGAUCUCCGGCCGCUCUUAGAUCAGAGCAGGGACCUAGCGGCAGAUGGAGGCAAUCCGAGUGCACGACAGGAAUGGAGGGGAGCUCCCUUACCUCCGACAGAUCUCUUAGAGUACCUCCAGCAGAUCCGACGUCUUAGUUUGGGUAGAGAUUUCCGGCCCCCACAACCUGGGAAACCAACGAUACCGAAACACAUUGCAGUGGGAAUGAAUGUCAAGAAGUACCAUGAGGUAGCACACUUUUCGAGAUAUGUCGAUUCCCUGUGCGCAACAGUGGACGAGCAGCGGGGUGAGAACAUAACCCACGUUGUGGAUUUUGGGUCGGGUCAAAGCUAUCUUGGACGGACGCUUGCUAGUCCUCCGUAUAAUCGGCACAUUGUUGCUAUUGAAAGAAAACAUCAAUUCAUCAAUGGAGCGAAGGGUUUUGAUAUAUUUGCGAAACUAAAGGAGAAGAAAGAGAUUAGACUAUAUAAUAAGAAGGCCGCCUGUAAAGAUUGCGAGGAACCAGAGAGACCUGGGCCGAUAAACGAGAAUACUUCCGCCCGCGAGUCCGAAGGAACGGAGGCUGUAACAACGGAUGACAGCGCAAAGCAAGACGUGGACGAGGAGGACGUUGCGAUGAUAAAUGUCUUCCGUGACAUCAGUAUCGCGCCCGAUGAGAUUGGCUCGGCUCCGCAUAAGAACGAUCCUAAGAAGAAAGCAAUGGCCUUGGCGGCUAAGAAACAGGAGUCCAACCAGCCGAGAGGUACGAUGGAUUAUAUUGAACACGAUAUUAAGAAUGGGUAUCUGGAGCCUAUCAUAAAGGAUGUGAUUGAGCCGCCGCCUGUUGCGCCCACCGAAAGCUCAAUGAACGCCGAGCAGGAAAGCAAUGGGAGACCGAAUGAUGCCCAAGUAAUGGUUAUUUCCUUACAUUCCUGCGGAAAUCUUCUUCAUCAUGGCGUUCAAUCUCUGGUUCUAAACCCGUCCGUGAAAGCCAUUGCCAUGAUUGGUUGCUGCUAUAACCUGGUGACCGAACGACUCGGCCCUGCUACAUACAAACUUCCUAUUCUUCGAACCACACACCCUCGCCUGACCAAGGAUGCCAUCGCGUAUGAUCCCCAUGGCUUUCCAAUGUCGAAACGUCUGGAAGACUAUGAGCAUGACAGCGGAAGAGGCGUGAAGCUGAACAUUACGGCAAGGUCGAUGUCCCUUCAGGCACCCUACAACUGGGGCAGGGAGGACAGCGAGAACUUCUUCACCCGGCACUUCUAUCGGUCUCUCCUCCAGAGAGUCUUGGUAGACCGUGGGGUUGUGGCGAAGCCUUCCAUCCCGAAAGAAUUGUACGGCGCUGAGUCUCUGGACUCCAGUGAAGCGGGAAAUCCUCUCAUUGUCGGCUCCUUGCGAAAGUCCGCUUUCGCUUCCUUUCCUGCAUAUGCUCGCGCUGCCGUGGUGAAGCUCAGCCGGGAUGCUCAUAACGGCGAGAAGGUGAAAGCAGGCAUGGCCGAUAUUACCGAGGAGGAGCUAAAUGACUACGCGGAAAAGUACCGACACACGAAAAAGUACCUCAGCAUCGUUUGGAGCUUAAUGGCCUAUAGUUGCUCUCUGGUCGAGGCCAUUAUCGUGGUUGACCGGUGGCAAUUCCUGCGUGAACAUGACAGUGUGAAGGACUGUUGGGUUGAGCCCGUGUUCGAUUAUAGCGAGAGUCCAAGGAAUCUGGCCGUCAUCGGUAUUAAAAAGUGA